AUGGAACGAAGAUUGAUGAUUCCUGGCUUCUUUUGGUUGAUUCUCGAUUUGGUUCUUAGAGUAUCUGGCAACGCCCAAGGUGAUGCUUUGAUUGCAUUAAAAAACAGUUUAGCAGACCCUAACAAAAUGCUUCAAAGUUGGGAUGCUACUCUUGUUACUCCCUGUACAUGGUUUCAUGUUACUUGCAAUAGUGAUAGUGUUACACGUGUUGACCUUGGGAAUGCAAAUCUAUCUGGUCAGCUCGUAAUGCAACUUGGUCAGCUUCCAAACUUGCAGUAUUUGAAGCUUUAUAGCAAUAACAUUACUGGGGGAAUCCCAAAGCAGCUUGGAAAUUUGACGGAAUUGGUGAGCUUGGAUCUUUACUUGAACAAUUUAAGCAGUCCCAUACCAUCAACUCUUGGCCGACUAAAGAAACUCUGUAUCUUGCGUCUUAACAACAAUAACUUAUCUGGAGAAAUUCCAAGGUCUUUGACUGCGAUUGCAACACUGCAAGUUCUGGAUCUCUCAAACAAUCCUCUCACUGGAGAUAUUCCUGUUAAUGGUUCCUUUUCACUUUUCACUUUUCGCUUCUUGCUCCUAGUUGAAAUCUUGUUUUGCCAACACCAAAUUGAAUCCCCUUCCUACACCUUCGCCUCCUCCUCUCUCUCUCCAACACCCCCAUCACCUUCAGUUGGCAUUGACAAUUUAACAUGGGAGUUUAUCUUCAAGUAUUGCAUUGACAAUUUAACAUGGGAGUUCUUGUUGUUAGAAGUUAGCAUUGGAAUGAGAUUUGAUAGAUCUUAG